GAUCUAGGGGACAAAUUUAGCGAUGCUCAGUAAGCGGUCAGGGCCCGAGACAGAUGGGACAGCAGGCCACUUUGCAGCCAAAGUGUAGCACUCAAACCGGCUCACCUUAGAGCGCUCCGACAACGAAAACAAGAAAGGGAAACAAGAAAUAGAAAAGUAAAAAGGGACAUCUUUUUUACAUUAUCUGGCUUACAGAUCUUCAGAAAAACUGGAACCUUCAGAAGAAGAACCUUCAAACUGAUUUAAGGAUGCAGGACGGAGGCUGGAAUGACACACUCCCCCUCUCUCUGCUAAUGAAAGAGGUGUGUCCUCCAGGCAGUGUGUCCCUAGAGGGAGCUGGGGGCGUGGCUUCUGGGACACCUUUUGACGGCGUGGUUUACUUUGACUCUAUAGCUGAGCUGGAGAGCGGGGACGGGGACUUUCCAGAACUUUCUGCUUUCCUCAGCCAAGACGAGAUCAACCUCAGUUUGGACUUGGCCCAAAAAGCCAUGAGUGACGCAGGAGACCCAAAUGACCUAGAUGAACCCCCAGUCCCCACAGAACACCUUCCCCUAUACUCGGAAACCAAAGACCACACCCUCCCAGAAUCAACAUUAACCCAAACGCCACAGUCAACCGAUGCACCAUCAUGUAAAGUCAGGCCUAAUCAAGCAAGCACUGCACCUGAAUCACCCGAGAAGUUUGUCUGCCAAAAAUCUAUCAAACCAGUAUACAAGCAAGACCGUCCCCGACUAGUCCAUGGAGGUCUGGAGCUCAAUGAGCGAGCUGCCUCAACUAGCGAGUUCUGUAGCCGAGCUGCCACCUUCAUUGAGGAGCUCUCGUCCAUCUUCAAAGGCUCCACACGUGGUGAUCACCAAGGUGAUGAUGACUCCUCGUCGCCCGACAGCGGCUACUUGUCUCCGAGGAGCCAUCGGUUGGCCAUGCAACAGGCUCAGCUGCUUUCAUCAUCUUCCUCUUCUUCAGAGCUCCAGCAGGAAGCCACAAACCAAGAUCAGGCUGGUGUUGGAUCGGAUGUGGCUGAGCAUCAAGGGCAAGGGGUUAGUCUAGAUGGACCCAUGGCUCCUCCACGCUUCACCCAGAAACUGAAGAGUCAGGAGGUGGCGGAGGGCAGUCCAAUCCGUUUGGAAUGCCGGGUGACCGGGAACCCUCUUCCAUUAGUCAGGUGGUUUUGUGAGGGGCGGGAGCUGCAUCAUUGUCCUGACAUUCAGAUCUGUCGUGAUGGUGACCUGCACACUCUUGUGAUCACUGAAGCGUUUGAGGACGACACUGGCAGGUACACCUGCGUAGCCUCCAACGCACUGGGAGCAGACAACACAUCUGCAGAGGUUUAUAUUGAAGGUGCUUCCUCCUCAGAUUCAGAAGGUGAAGGAUCCGUGUUGAAGUCUAGGUCUGGAGUCAUGCCACAGGCUCAGAAGAAGACCACCUCAGUUUCCUUGACGAUACACACAGCAUCACCAAAGAGCCCAGAGGUCCAGGCUCAUCGCUCCACGCUGGUCCAGCCUCUUUCUAUUACACCACAGAGAGUUCAGAGUCCUGUUUCCUCUAUCUAUGCUGGUGAUGCUCUACUCAAAGCACCCCCUACCUUCACUAAAACGUUGCAGGACGCACAGGCAUCUGAAGGUCAGGUGGUGGUUUUGGAGUGCCGGGUUAGAGGAAGUCUUCCUUUGCAGGUCCAGUGGUUUCGGGAGGGCCGGGAGAUCAAGGACUCCCCCGAUUUCCGCAUUCUGCAGAAGAAGCCAAGAUCCAUGGCUGAACCCGAGGAAAUCUGCACUUUGGUGAUUGCGGAAGGCUUUCCUGAAGAUGGAGGUCUGUUCUGCUGCACUGCAACUAACCAGUACGGUUCGGUUAAAAGCACCGCACAACUGACUGUCACUCCAGUUGGUGAAGAGUCGCCCAGCAAUGGUCUUUCUGGGUACGAUAGCGUGUUUGAGGACAUCCAACCGUUCCCACCACCACCUCCUUCUCCUCCACCCACUGAGAUCAGUUUGUUGGAAGUCCCGCCCAAAACUCCGCCCAGUGCCGAGGCCUUCCAGAUCAACGAACUGGACAUCUGGCCCAGUGUCACGGCGUUACCCGUUCAGGUCUCCGCCGAUAAAGGCCAACAUGAAAGCCAAACCACCCAACCUUUACAAAAUGGUCAGGCUUCAUACAAGACAUCAGAAGACGGCCCACCAUCACCUUCAAGUGUGAAGGAAACAGCUCCACCAUCACCUUCACUAGUUAAGGCUCCACCUCUCCCAACCAAACCCAAACCAAAACUAUCAAAUGAGCAAGCAGACGACUUUGCGAAUGAAAGAAACGCCGCACAGCUGAAGCAGCUUCAAGAUCAGAUCCUCCUAGAGCAGCAACAACAGCCAAAUCAAGAGGUUCCUCCUCCUCAGCAACCUUCACAGGAAGUCCCACCUCCAUCUCCUCCUCUCCCACCUCCUCCCUCCUUCCAGGAGCUGGAGAGCAGCACCAUGCAGACCAGCACCUUCAAUUACGCCCGACCCAAGCAGUUCAUCGCUGCUCAGAGCCCCACGACAAGCGGGGGACCGAUGGGAUACAGCACCCAGUCCUCUACCUCCUCAAGCUCCAGCAUCACCUCCCCGUUAUCCCCCACGACUGUCCAAAAACCGUUCAGCCGCAUCACUCUUCCGCCCUUCCAACAACAGCCGCUGCUGUCUAAAGGAAGCAGCGUGGAGUCUCCCAACUCUCCCUCUUUCCCUCCACCACCUCCACCGUUCCUCAGCUCCAGCAAUCUCUCCUCUCCCUCUGGCUCGGCACAGGAUUUCCCUCCACCUCCUCCACCGCCCCCUCCACCUGUCACAUCAAGCCCCACCCGCUCAGAAAGCUCCUCCCCCUUCACGUCCACUCCCCCAUCACCAGCCGGGUUUUUGGUAUCGGUGCUUCCGGUCUCACCUCCUCCACCGCCAGUGAAUGCACUGGGGCUGCCCAAGGGUAAUGGCACAGUGGCACUGCCUCGUAGAACCACACCCCGUACACCACGCAUCUUCUCCGAUUCAGAUAUCCAGGGCUCCAAAGAUGCAGUCAUACAAGACCUGGAGAGAAAACUGCGUUUCAAAGAGGAGCGACUCAGCAAUGGCCAACAGAGGUUAACCUAUGAGGAGAAGAUGGCUCGCAGGCUGCUGGGUGCUGACAAUGCUGCCACAGUGUUUAACACACAACAGGUGGAGGAGGAGCCAGUCAGACAGGAAGGGAACUCGGCUGAUUCAGAUUCUGUCCCUCAAAAGGAGUAUAAAGUAUCCAGCUUUGAGCAGCGGCUGAUCAGCGAGAUUGAGUUCCGUCUGGAGCGCACGCCUGUGGAGGAAUCUGACGAUGAUGUCGAGCAUGAUGAAGAUGCACCGGGAGAGAAAGUCGCGCCCUUCCUCGAUCAGAAGCUUAAGCACUACAAGGUGUUCGAAGGCAUGCCUGUGACCUUCAGCUGCAAGGUCAUCAGUGAUCCAAAGCCAAAAGUGUACUGGUUUAAGGAUGGAAAGCAGAUAUCGAAGCGCAGUGAGCAUUACCGUAUCAGCCGUGAGCCGGAUGGCACAUGCCUCCUGCACACGGCCGCUGCCUCACUAGAUGAUGAUGGAAACUACACUAUUAUGGCCGGCAACCCAGCGGGAAGAGUGAGCUGUACUGGCAGAAUGAUGGUCCAAGCUGUAAACCAAAGAGGAAGAAGUCAGCGCUCCACACCUGGACACAUUCGCAGACCCCGCUCAAGGUCCAGAGACAGUGGUGAUGAGAACGAGAACAUUCAGGAACGUCACUUUCGCCCUCACUUCCUGCAGGCCCCUGGUGACCUUAUUGUGCAGGAGGGCAAACUCUGUCGCAUGGACUGCAAGGUAAGCGGUUUGCCGACCCCUGACCUUGUCUGGCAGCUGAAUGGCCAGACCAUCCGUCCAGACUCAUCCCACAAGAUGCUGGUGAGGGAGAACGGAGUACACUCAUUGGUCAUCGAGCCCGUCACUUGCAGAGAUGCCGGCGUGUACACGUGCAUCGCCAGCAACAGGGCUGGACAGAACUCUUUUAACCUAGAGCUCAUUGUUGCAGCCAAAGAGAUGCAUAAAGCCCCAUGCUUCAUUGAGAAACUCCAAAACACGAGCGUGGGUGAGGGUCACCCUGUCCGUUUGGAGUGCCGCGUGUCCGGAGUGCCGUUCCCACAGAUAUUCUGGAAGAAAGAGAACGAGUCUUUUACUCACAACACAGACAGAAUAAGCAUGCACCAGGAUAACUUCGGGUACCUCUGUAUGAUCAUCCAGCCUGCCCUAAAGGAAGACGCAGGGUGGUACACGGUUUCAGCUAAGAAUGAAGCUGGCAUCAUCUCCAGUACAGCACGUCUCGACGUUCAUACCCAGUGGCAGCAGACUCACACUCCAAAGCCCAAGAAGGUGCGUCCAUCAACAAGCCGCUACGCCGCUCUCACAGAACGAGGUCUGGACGUGAAGGCUGCCUUCUUCCCUGAUUCCAAUUCUCUUCCUCCUGGCACCCUGGUGGAGAGCGAUGACCUGUAGACACUAGCACGGAGGAUCUGACCUUUGAACCCUGAUCCCUUAAAUUCAUUGCCAAUACCAAGUGUACUUCAUAAUCCCCACCAAUUUCCCAACAUGAACCUCUUGCUGUUUUCUUAAUGAGGUUGGAUUGGAGGAGAAAAGUGGAUGGCUCUAAAAGCCGUUCAGUCUUUGUGAAGGGGAGGGAGGAUGCUGCUCGGCAUAGAUUUCGGUGUGUGAUAUUUAACAUCAGUUCUCCAUCCGAGAAAGAGAAGAGAAAUAGACCAUUCACUAUACAAUGCUUUGUUUUUUAAGGGGAAGUGACGUGGGGGGUUAAGUGAGGUCAUGUCCUGCUUGUAAACAGAUGUAUUGGUUCGCUGGCGCACUUAAUAUUGACAUACCUGCUAUCAGACACUAAUACAAGCACGUACACACACAAGCACAUGCUUUGAGGAAGGAGGUAGUAUACCGAUGAUCACCUUGUUGAGUCAUCUCUUGAUUUUCACAAGUGCCUAAUGUUAAUUAUAUUAAAAAGACAAAAAAAUAAGAUUAAUAGCAUCUAGCGCUGCAUGUUACUACGGUGCCAACAUGUAACACUUUUUUAAUGUAUUUAGUUACUAUGCUUUAGAUUAGAUAUAUUUAUGAAAUGCUGGAGAUGUUUUCCAUCCAGCACAGGAAGUAGGACUUUUGGGGUUCUCUAGAAGUGGGGGAGGAGGGGAUUUUGAAGGUAAAGCUGAGUACAAGAACACACCUUAAGCUGCAUGGACCUGAUCGGCUUCAGGGUUUUAAAAUGACAAAGAAAUCCUUAAUUAUAGUAAUCAGCCUUAUUUCAGACAUCCGCAAUGUUGACGGAUGCACACCGCCAUAGAUCUGCUGUGUCUGGAUCUCAGCACAAGUCCAGAGAUGUUGCACAAGGCCGGGCCUUAAUGAGUUUUUUCCCACCCUGUCUUUUGUUCGUUUUUUAGGAGCGAUUAAGAGGAGGCUGACAUGUCAUUAACGUAAGUGGCGAAAUUGCAGAGAGUUUUAGCCGAAUGACAGGUUUGGAUAAAUGCAGAUGUUUGUUGUGUUACUAUGGAAAUGAGGAUGAUGGAAGUGCAGGAUGUAGGAUGGGAUUGUGCGUGUUUGUGGGCUGGAGAGUGGAGAACGACUAGGUUGCGGAUUAAAGUGAUAAUUCACCCAAAAAUGAAAAUUCUGUCAUCAUUUACUCCCCCUCGUGCCAUUCCAAACCUUUAUGACUUUCGUUCUUACGCAAAACACAAAAGAAGAUAUUUUGAAGAAGGUUGGUAACUGAACAGCACUGGCCCCCAUUCACUUCUAUUGUAUCCACAAAACCAAUGUAAGUGAACGGGGGCCAGGUAACAACAUUUUUCAAAAUAUCUUCUUUUGUGUUCUGCAGAAGAAAGGAAGUCAUACAGGUUUGAAAUGACAAGAGGGUGAGUAAAUGAUGACAGAAUUUUCAUUUUUGGGUGAACUAUCACUUCAAGAAAAGUUUUUAUAAGUAUGAUUACGUAAAACUGAUUUUAAUGGUGGCGGUGCAUGAAAUGAACAGACAGUGAUGCUUUGCUCAGUGUUCAGGUUCGGGAUUACAGAAAUGCACACAAAAUGUGAUUUUUUUUAUAAAAGAUUUUAAUCAUUUACAUUUGAUCUUUUGGGGGGGAAAUUUUUGUCGAUCAGAAACCAAAUGCUCAAUUGAAUUACAAUCUCAAUCAUCUCACAGACAGACACUUACAAAACGUAUAUAAAUAUCAUAAAAUAUAUACAUAUAAGCCUUUGAUUAAAUAUUGCCUUUCUUACACCGCUGUUUUAUCCUCAAAAUAAACGAAACCGAUAUUAUGGGGCUUUUAUUCUGUAAUAUUUUCCGUUUUCCAAGCCAACCUGUGCCUGUAUACAGACUGUUUUCCUUAUUCUGUUUUGGUCUAUGAAUAGUAACAUAAAUAAAAGUCUCUGAAAGUAUUAAGUCUGGGUUGAGUCCAAUUGCUCUUGGCGAAAACAUUUCCCAAUAAAGUUAAACAAGCUUUUUAGUGGUCUGCAUUUUUAUGAUGGCAAAAAUGCCAGAUUUUAUUCUUUGGUCUUUCAAUUAGUCCGCCCAAGUUUCUGUAGACAUAAAUCGGAUUGUGACACUUUGAUGAAUCUGGGUUGAUUUUUGGAGUUUGGCCAGGCAAGAUACUGAAGCAUGUCUGGAUUUAAAAUAUAACCAUGACAUCACAAAGUGAAUCAUAUCCACCACGCAUCGACCUGUGACCUCUGUCAUUCCAAGCACGGAAUGUGGGGCUGUAAACCCAAAAACCAGUGAACUAAAAAUAACCUGAACCUUUCUUAAUCUAAUCCAGCUGGGCUCAUUCUAGUCUUACACAAUUCUGUUUGAAACAGAACUCCAGAGACAUCAAGCC